AGGAGAUUUACCCGGUCUAGGUCAUACUUUGUGUUCUUGUUGUGUGUAUUUUACUACGGGUCGAGUGUGUCCAGGUCAAGCACGGUCAACCCACCCAGCUAUAUUUACACCAUCAUUUUUGGUGCCACCCGUGGGACCGAUUGUUAAAGUUUUUUCGACCAGGUCAAAACUUUACCCCCACUAAAAAUCCACAAUCAUGUCUUCAAGCAAUCACAACAUUGUUUCAAGCCAGGCUGCGAGUGAAAGCACUCCUGCCAUUCCAUUGAUGAUGACGAGCAUGGGGACGACCUUUGCCCCGAUCACCACUGUAGGAUCGAUUGGCAUGAUUCCAAUCAUGUCGACCCCUACUCCUACGCCAACGACAACAAUGUUCCUAGACUCGGUAACAACGCCCAGGGGAGCAAUUACACCAUACCCGUCAAGUUGGGCUCAAUUUGCUGCUGACCUGGCGAAUGCACAGGCUCUACAGGGCUAUCAACAGGUGAUGGCCAUGAUGCAACAUGCAGGGGGCUUCAUGCCAUUUUCCUAUCUCGGCAUGAUGCCACCAGUCAUGAGUCCUAUGGCACCCCCGGUUUCGACCCCAUCGACAUUCGUUCCUAGAAUGGUCCCUAUACGUCCGGUGAAUCUGACGGGGACCAUGAAUGAAGGAGCGCCCUCAAAUGUCCAUGAGGUCGAUGAGGCAGAGCAGGAGGCAGCCCGCAGGAGGAAGGGUAAGGCUAUAGCCAAACCCAGCAAGACCCGAGAUUCGGCGUUCAAAUGCCUAGGGGACAAAGAGGAUGGACCCCGCAAGUCUGCCAAGCCACGUCUUGGUCCUGAGAUGGGUCGGACUAGCGCAAUGGAAAGACUUGGCGGGAAUCGUCUCGCCCAAUCUCGUCAUUCUAGGGAAUCUAAGAUGAUUCACCUAGACGAGGAGGAAGCUGAAAGCCAGCCCAGUGCAUCGGCAUAUACCAGGAUCUUGUACGGUGAGGAUGACCUGGACAAGAUUGGGAGCGUAGCACGAAAGCUACGUGCCCUAGAGGAAAAGGUAGAAGAAAAGGCGGGAGCGAAGAAGCACACCCUGGCCAAAUCACCCUUUUCGGCCAGGGUACAUGCACAAAAGUUGAGGCGGAAGGUCAAGUUGGACGUGGAGAAAUUCACGGGAAAAGAGGAUCCAAAUGUCCACCUUGACACCUUCCACAAUGCAGCACAGAUGGCCGGGAUUGGAUCCUUUGAGAAACUUGCUGAAGUUUUCCGCAAGAAAUAUCAGGACAAUUGCAUUAAAAGGAAGAAGUUCACCUACCUUAACACGGUAGGGCAGAGAGAGAAGGAGUCAUUGACCCAAUUCUUAACCCGUUCGAGAGAUGAGGUUGAUAAAGUAGAAGAGAUGGAUGAUAAGACAGCCAUGUCUUUACUGAUGAACGCCUUCCGGUCGGGUGACCUCUACACUGAGUUCUGUCGGAGGCCGCCCUCCUCCUACCAAGAAGCUUACAAUACAGCAUGGGAGUAUGCUAAGGCGGAGGUCCUUAACAAAAGCAAGCGGGAGCUGGAGGAAGGCUAUACCAGGGUGAAACCUGACAAGCCAAAGAAAGACGAUCAGAUGGGAGGGUCCAAGCCCAUGGCCACAUAUGACGGGUCCAUCCAUCAAAUAAGGGAUGAGAAGAAGGGAGAACAACCCAAGAGGUCUUGGACGGAGAAGUAUUGUACCUACCACCAAUCCGAAUCCCACAAUACGACGGACUGCCGAAAUGUCAAGGCCGUGCUCAAGGAGAUGGCCUUGAAGGGAGAGCUGGGGGAAGGCGGGGAUACAGCCUCCCAACGGAAGAACUGGGCCAGGAGUCUACAUGUAUCGGUGGUUUCCCUGGAAUCACAUGGGAAGCAGGCAAGGAGAGAGCCUAUCACUUUCACUGAUAGGGAUCUGCCCAGGACAGGGGGAGAUCACAAUGACCCUUUGGUCAUUACAAUGGAUAUCAAUGGAGCUGAUGUGGCCAGGGUCCUGGAUGACACAGGAAGCAGUGUCAAUGUUUUAUACUUGGACGCUUUCAAGAAAUUGAAGUUGGACAGGUCCAUGAUGAGACCAUUGCAAACUCCAUUUUCAGGCUUCACUGGAGCUAGCAUAGAGGCGGAAGGUCAGAUCACCUUACCAGUUACCUUGGGGUCGGGUAACAAAACAGUAACCAAGCAAAUGAGAUUUGUUGUGGUUGAUAUCAAGUGUGUACAUAAUGCCAUUCUUGGUAGACCUGGAAUCAACCAGGUCAGGGCCAUCAUUUCUAUGGCACACUUAUGCAUGAAGUUCUACACUCCCAAUGGGAUCGUGGAGGAAAGGGGUGAUCAAAAGAACGCCCGGUCCUGCUACCUGGAAGCGGUCAAGAAGAGGACCCGCCAGUUCAAACAAAUUGAACUGGUAUCCCAGCAGGUGGACAAGGGUGAGGAGAAGGCCGGGAUCGAGCCGGAUGCAAACACGGAGGAGAUCUCUAUUGAUGCCUCCAAUCCUGAGAGGAAGGUCAAAAUUUGGGCUGAUCUUCAGGAGGAGCUGAGGACUGAGAUUGUUCAGGUGCUGACCAGGUAUAAAUAUUUAUUUGCCUGGAGUGUUGCUGAUAUGCCCGGAAUUGAUCGGUCAGUCAUUUGCCAUCGUCUCUCUGUUCUUGAGGGGUCUAGGCAUGUAAGACAGAAGAAGAGAUUCUUGGCAAGUGAAAGGAGGGAUUUUGUGAAGAAGGAGGUCAAGGACCUACUUGAGGAAGAAGAACCGACCAGGGCAAUCACCGAGCCUUGGUGGUCCAUGUCGGUAGAUGGAGCCUCUGGACCGAAAGGUUACAGGGGAGGUGUGGUAUUCACAACUCCGGAAGGGUUCAAGGUAUAUUAUGCCUUGAUCUUUAAUUUCAAGCUCACAAAUAAUGAGGCAGAGUAUGAGGCGCUGAUAGGGGGUCUGAGAUUGGCCAAAACCGUACAAAUCACAUGUCUCAGGAUUAAGUCCGAUUCAAGCUUGGUGGUAGGCCAUAUCAAUGGCAACAUGGAGGCCAAGGGAGAGAAUAUGGAGAGGUACAGAGACUUGGCAAGGGCACUAUUGAAGGACCUGACUGACGUGAUAGAGGAAGAUGGACAGCCCAAUCCAGAUCGAGUGGAGCCAGAUGAUGUUUGGAUGGGUGAUUUGGUCAGAUAUUACAUGACCGGGCAAUUCCCUGAAGACGAGGACAAGGUAAGAAAAGUAAAGUUGAGGGCUCUAAAGUUCCAGAUGCUUGAUAGAAGGCUUUACAAAAGAGCAUUCGGUGGUCCAUUGCUAAGGUGCUUGACCAGGGCAGAGGCAGAACGAGUGAUCGCCGAAGUUCAUGAGGGUGUCUGCGCAGCCCACCAAAUGUCCAGGACACUCGCCCAAAGGUUCACCAAAUACUUGGAGGACUUCGGGAUUACUCAUAACCAGGCUUCUGUGGCCUACCCGCAAGGGAAUGGCCAGGUGGAGAAUGUGAACCGCACAAUAGUCGAUGGGAUCAAAAAGAGGUUGGGUGAGGCAGGAACAAAUUUGUUAGAGGAGUUGCCACAUAUCAUCUGGGCUUACCGGGUCACUUCGAGAAGGGCCACAGGUGAGACACCCUUCGUCCUUACGUACGGGUGUGAGGCCACACUACCCAUCGAAGCUAAAAUAAUGACCUUUCGGGAGAAGUUCUAUGAAGAGAAAGGGAAUGAAGAGGACCAUUUGGCGGAGUUGAACUUGUUGGAGGAAAGGCGGAUGGUCGCUGAGGCUAAAAUGAUAGAAUAUCAGCAGGCAGCCAAGGCCUAUCAUGAUAACAAGGUAGGGCCUCAGUACUUCCAAGUGGGUGAUGAGGUCCUGAGACGAAGGGAGGCCAGCAAACCCGGAGUCGGGGGAAAACUUGCAAAGAAAUGUGAAGGUUUGUAUAGGGUCACGGAAAUAUUACGCCCUGGGACAUACAAACUAGAAACAAUGGAUGGUCGAGAGUUGGAAAGGCACCUGGAAAGAAAUGUGACGUCAUGGUGGUGGCGUGACACAACCAAGCUAUUGGAAGCUGAUCAGGACGAAUUCAACCUAGACGUUUACUACAUUUCAACCUGGAAGUCAAUCGGAUUAGAAAACAAGCCAGAAACAAAGUGACCUGGACGUUUUCAACUCUGGAGACCAGGACAUGAGAUGACCUGGAAGUUUUCAAGCCUUUAAAACUUUCAACCUAGCCUACUAACCAGGACAUGAGAUGACCUAGACAUUUGGUGAAGCUCAACCUAGCCGUAAGUCGGCCCAUAAGAUUAGCCAAGAAUGAGGUGCCCUAUACGUUUUAUGGAGUUGAUGAAAAUAAAGGUCUAGACCCGGA